AUGGAAAAUUGCUGCAAGAACUCUCUGCUCUCCCAGCUUACCUGCCUGUUUGUCCUUGAACAGCUGCUUACCUGCGUGUCCACAAGGGAGUUCACUGUGUCUGGUCCCUCAGACCCCAUUGUGGUUGCUCCAGGUGGGGAAGCUGUGCUCCCCUGCUUCCUGUCUCCAGCCAGGAGUGUGGAGAACGUGGAGGAGCUCAGGUGGUUCCGUAACAGAUUCUCAGAAGCAGUGUUUGUCUAUCGGAACCAGCAAGAGCAGAAAGAAGAGCAGAGGGCUGAGUACGCAGGACGGACCUGCCUGGUGAAGGACCAGUUCCAUGAAGGCAAGGCUGCCGUGCACAUCAGAAACGUCCAGGAGUCGGACAGUGGGAUAUACGUCUGCUUCUUCAAACAGGGUGUCUUCUAUGAUGAGGCCAUCUUGGAGCUGAAGGUGGCAGCGAUGGGCUCUGUCCCUGAAGUGCACAUCCAAGGUCCAGAAGACGGUGGUGUGUGUGUGGUGUGCAGGGCUUCAGGGUGGUACCCAAAGCCCCAGGUGCAGUGGAGAGACUCCAGAGGGGAGACACUCCCAGCAUCCUCUGAGACCCACACUGAAGAUGCUGAAGGCGUGUUCAGCAUGGAGUCCUCGUUGGUGGUGAGAGACAGUUCUUUGGGGAAUGUGACCUGCUCUGCCUUCAAUCCCAUCUUGGACCAGGAGAAGGCCAUGUCCAUGGUCAUCCCAGAGCCUUUCUUCCCUCAGACUUCUCCCUGGAUGUUAGCUUUUGCCAUCGCCAUGCCAGUGAUGGGACUUCUAGUCUUAGCGUCAUGCUGCUUUCUUGUAAAAGAACGUCAUGCAAGGCUGCAGUUGCGGCAGGAGAGGGAGAAACUGCUGUGUGAGCUCGAGGAGUCCCAGGAGGACAUACUGAAGAGCACGAGCACACUCCAGGAGGAGCUUGAUCGGAGGAAGGCAGCUUACAUGGCUGCCUGGAGGAAGGCCCAGCUGUAUGCAGAUUGGCGCAAGGAGCACUUCCAGGCCUGGUCUGUCACUCUGGAUCCAGACUCUGCCCACCCCCUUCUUGCCAUCUCUCAGGACAGGGUGCACGUGACCCUGAUGGACACCACUAUGUGUCUGGAUGGCCUCUUCUGUGUGUUAGGCAUGGAAGGCAUCUCCUCUGGAAGGUGCUACUGGGAGGUGAAGAUAAAAAAUGGAGACAGCAGCAAGUGGAUUCUGGGGGCCUGUCGGGAAGAUGUGGACAGAAAAGGCUUGUACUUUGAGAGUCCAGACAAGGGGUUUUGGACUGUGGGAAGGUCUAGUAGUGGAUAUUGGGCCUAUAUUAACACUGGGAGGGCUUCAUUAUCCUUUAGGCAAACUCCCCAGAGUGUGGGUGUCUUUGUGGACUACAGUGAAGGUGACAUCUCCUUCUAUAACAUGAGUGACUUGUCCCACAUUUUCAGCUUCCACGAAGCUUCCUUCUCUGGGACUCUUCAUCCAUACUUGAGGAUUAAGUCUGGAACUGUUUGGAUGAUUCUCAGCUCCAUCGCACAGGGGUGUGAUGGGGAAAAGUGGGAGGAGAGAAGGAGCAGUAAAGGGAGGAGGAGGAGUGGGAAGCGGGGGAAGAAAGGGAAGAAGUCAUUUUUGUUUCCUUUGAAGCAGUCUCUGAAUUCCCCAGGGGAGGGGCUCACACCAGGCUCUAAAGGUGUCCACUCUCCCCCAGGGGAAGCAUCCCCUUUCCUCCCUCACCCUGUCACACUUGACUCCCAUAGUGCAGACACUGUCUCUAAGUUGUCAGUGUGA